AUGGGCUGGAAGGUGCACCGUAAAGUUAAGGCCUACCCGCUUACACAGCCUUUGUAUUCCCUCAAUUCACCACUCACAGAGAACUGGACAUCCGAACCCUCAGCAGACAUGGGACGGAAAUCCCAGCGAAUAGCUACAGGUGCGUGUGAAGGCGCUGGCGACAUAGGCGCAAUGCUGCAGCGCCCCGCGGCCCCAAAGAUGGCUGCCAUGCCUGAUCCAGACACGGGCUCCAUAUGCUCGGAGCAAGCCCUGGGGGAUACCACAGACCCACAGUCAUCCCUGGAUGAGCAGAUAGACCCUGAUGUGCUGACACCGGCUACCAAACUGGACAUUAGGAACCACUGA